ACUUGGCUAGCCGCCGAGCUAGCGCGGUGCUAGCAGUUGCUCGGCACACAAAGGACGACUUGGCCGCGGAGUUGGCAGCGCGUUGCUGGAUGAAGACGGAGGAGCCCAGCGCACAGCGUGAUCAUGGUGCUGACUGGCAAGCGUUCCGAAAAAGGUCCCGCCCGCUGGAAGAGGAGAGUCAAGUCUGAGUACAUGAGGCUGCGUCAGCUCAAGCGUUUCAGGCGGGCAGACGAGGUCAAGAGCAUGUUCAACAACAACCGCCAGAAGAUCCUGGAACGCACCGACAUCUUGAAUCAGGAGUGGAAAACACGGCGCAUCCAGCCCGUCCACAUCAUGACGUCUGUCGGCUCGCUCAGGGGCACGCGAGAGUGCACAGUGGACAGCGGCUUUUCCGAGUUCCCCCGCCAGGUCAUCCCCUUGAAGACCCUCAACGCUGUGGCCUCCAUCCCCGUCAUGUACUCGUGGUCGCCGCUGCAGCAGAACUUCAUGGUGGAAGAUGAGACGGUCCUCUAUAACAUUCCCUACAUGGGAGACGAGAUCCUUGACCAGGAUGGCACGUUCAUUGAGGAACUCAUCAAGAACUACGACGGAAAAGUUCAUGGAGACAGAGAGUGCGGCUUCAUCAACGACGAGAUCUUCGUGGAGUUGGUCAGCUCGCUGGCACAGUACAGCGACAACGAGGAAGACGAGGAGGAAGAGCACGACUUCAAGGUGGAGAAGAUGGACGCCGUGUGCGACGGGCGGGAGCAGCCGGAGGACGCGGCGUACGUCAACGAAGGCCGAGCCAGCGACGACUGCAGCAAGAAGUUUCCGUCGGACAAGAUCUUUGAAGCCAUCUCGGCCAUGUUCCCUGACAAAGGUUCCACCGAAGAGCUGAAAGAGAAGUACAAGGAGUUAACCCAGCAGCAGCUUCCUGGUGCGUUGCCCCCCGAAUGCACGCCCAACAUCGAUGGUCCCAACGCUCGCUCGGUGCAGCGCGAGCAGAGCCUGCACUCGUUCCACACGCUCUUCUGCAGGCGCUGUUUCAAAUACGAUUGCUUCCUCCACCCGUUCCACGCCACGCCCAACACGUACAAACGCAAGAACCUGGAGAACCUGGAGGACAGCAAGCCCUGCGGCGUGGACUGUUACAUGUACCUGCUGCAGGACGCUGUGGUAAGCGAGUGCGCUGGAGGUGUGGGCGCAGCGGAGCGUGCCAAGACGCCCUCCAAGCGCACGACGGGGCGUCGCCGCGGACGUCUGCCCAACAGCCGACCCGGAACGCCCACCGCCGUCUCCUCGGAGACCAAAGACACGGACAGUGAACGUGAGGGCAGCAAAGAUGACGACAGAGAUAACGACGAUGACAAGAAGGACGACAACAGCGGAAGCAGCUCAGAGGGCAACUCCCGCUGUCAGACCCCCGUCAAACUCAAAAUGAAGCUUCCGGCCGAGGCGCUGGAGUGGAGCGGCGCAGACGCGUCUCUCUUCCGUGUUCUCAUCGGGACGUACUACGACAACUACUGCGCCAUUGCCAGACUCAUCGGAACCAAGACAUGCCGGCAGGUGUACGAGUUCCGGGUGAAAGAGUCGAGCAUCAUUUCGCGCGCUCCUGCCGAAGACGAGGACACGCCCCCCAGGAAGAAGAAGAGGAAACACCGACUUUGGGCCACGCACUGCAGGAAGAUCCAGCUCAAGAAAGAUGGUUCCUCCAAUCAUGUGUACAACUACCAGCCGUGCGACCACCCCAGACAGCCCUGCGACUCGUCUUGCCCGUGCGUCACCGCCCAGAACUUCUGCGAGAAAUUCUGCCAGUGCAGCUCGGAGUGCCAGAACCGAUUCCCGGGCUGCCGCUGCAAAGCUCAGUGUAACACCAAGCAGUGUCCAUGCUACCUGGCCGUCAGAGAGUGCGACCCCGACCUUUGCCUCACCUGCGGCGCCGCCGACCACUGGGACAGCAAGAACGUCUCCUGCAAGAACUGCUCCAUACAGAGGGGCGCCAAGAAGCACCUCCUGCUGGCGCCCUCCGACGUGGCGGGUUGGGGCAUCUUCAUCAAAGAGCCGGUCCAGAAGAACGAGUUCAUCUCGGAAUACUGUGGCGAGAUCAUCUCCCAAGAUGAAGCGGACCGCCGGGGCAAAGUGUACGACAAAUACAUGUGCAGCUUCCUCUUCAACCUCAACAACGACUUUGUCGUCGAUGCCACCCGCAAAGGCAACAAGAUCCGAUUCGCCAACCACUCCGUCAACCCAAACUGCUACGCCAAAGUGAUGAUGGUGAACGGCGACCACAGGAUCGGCAUUUUCGCCAAGCGCGCCAUUCAGACGGGCGAGGAGCUCUUCUUCGACUACAGGUACAGUCAAGCGGACGCUCUCAAGUAUGUCGGCAUCGAGCGCGAAAUGGAGAUUGCCUGACCACGUUCACGGUGAGCCUGACAUGCACACGGAUGCGACACCAUCUACUACCUUCUUCAGCACAACCGUCGGCUUGCAAAACAACAAAACAAAAACAAAAAAACAGUUCCGGAGGAUUUGAAGCAUCUUUUUGUUCUGUUGAAGAUGAAAAUCGGACAUGUUGAUUGUGUUUUUGCAAUUUUCAAGUUCUAUGGCACCAGGAGAAAGAAACAGUGUGUUGUCACUCGAACCUUCAGGGACCCAAGUUGGCAGCGGCAGGCUUGUGUCUGUGCGCAAGUCACUUGAAGCGCAUCAUGAUGUCGCCAACACCUCAGCAACCUUUUGCCUUUUGGACAUUGUUGCCUCUUUGGCUACAAAGCAAUUUCUUGACGGUGACAUCGACCGGUCCCAUUUCUUGUCGCACACGCCGAACGAGCGACAAGAAACUUGCAAACUUUUUUGGAGGAGUUUCACCCAGCCACCCCCUGAUAAAACCAAAUGACAUGAAAAGGUUUCAGCAUUUAGUCCAUAUCCUUGAUCAGAAGGCAACUACCUUGUUCCAUAUGCCUACUAGUAUUACAGUGCAGAAGUUUAUCAAUAAGGGCUACCAGUAGUUCCGAAGUGGGGGUAUUAACACACCGUGGUUUUACUUGUCUUAAUUGUAAGGACAAAGCACACGGGCAGGAACGAGUAGCUGCAUGCACAAUCGAGCACACAAAUAGAAAAUGGAAUAAAUGCUGUGUUAGGCAAGUCAGAAGAUUUGUUGUUUUGUACCAGAGUGCUCCAAAUAAGUCACUGCCACAGAAUCCAAACUUAAUUUGAUGCGAUUUGUUUUUUUUGGUGGCAGCGGAAGGGGUGGGGGGAUGAUUGUACGUGAAUGUUGGCGCUAGUGCCACAUCACUCUGGCCUGCUGCCUGAUCCAUUUCCUGCUGUAAUAACAAAACUAAACAAAGUCCAUCUUCAGCUGUGGAUGUGAGCACAGCUCCACUUGCAGCUUUUUCUUGUGUCGUUUUGUUUUUUGGGGGGACAAACAAAUGUAUGUGUGUGACAUCAGAGUCCGCUGGUCCUGUUUACAAAUAAAAGGUGCUGCUCGUUGGUGUUUGCGGUCAACUGGGAGAGACAAUCAGCAGGAAGCACUCAAGCUUCAUUUUCGGAUUUUUUUUUCUUCUCAUUGUCAUUUUCUCACACAAUGUGGGAGAAAAAAAAUGGUGCUGACUGUUUACAUGGAUUUUGUUUUUCGAUCUGCACAAUAAACUCUCAAAAUGA